AUGGCCGACGACGCUGUCCUCGAGGUAGACUUUGCAGGUGUUCUCACUGGCUCGGCACACCUCACGAUCCACCCGACCAACCCAAGUGUGCGCACCGUCUACCUACAUGCGUCGCCACUGCUUCAGAUCAACAAUGUCACUCUCUCCUCUCCAACACCCACCAACCCGCUCCUCGCUACGCCAGCGAGUUUUGCUCACUUGAACCCCUUUCAACCUCUUCCCGUCCGCGAGCCUCCCAUCGACAUCAGGAGUCACCAGGAGAUCAAGCGCAAGACAUGGGCGGCAUUGGGGGAGCGUGAUCAAGGAGAGCUGGCCAUCUCUGUCUCUCAUGGAUGGGUGCGGCUCGUGGAGACUCCCAGUGCCACCGGCGGCGCGCCGACAGUCAGCCUGGCGCCCAUCCAGAUCCAGAUCGACUACCAGCUCGUCGUCGGUGGAGACCAAAUCCCACACAUGUUCCUCUCGCCGACAACCUACGACGCUGCCCGCGUCUGGACACCUUGUGUCGACAGCCUGUGGGAACGAUGUACCUGGGAGCUGGAGUUUAUCGUUCCCCGUUACAUCGAGGGUGGCGAGCCCACAGGCGACAAUGACGCUUUCCCGAUCAUGGUGGUGGCCAGUGGCGAGCUCAUUGAACAAGUGACACAUCCGCACGACCCCCACAAGGUCAUCUUUUACUAUAUCCAGACGACUCCGGCCACUGUCCAGCACAUUACCUUUGCUGCUGGCCCAUUCGAGAUGCUCCAGGUGCCCACGGUGGCGGGCGGCGGCGAGUCGCAAAAGCCAAUUCUCGCGUUCUGCCUUCCCGGCCAACUGGACGAGCUCGCAACAUCGACGGCCUUCCUCGCCCGGGCAAUGUCGUUCUACAGUGCCGAGUACGGCUCAUUCCCCUUUAGCGCGUACAAGAUGGUCUUUGUCUCAAAUCCACGGUCACCGUCGUCCGUUGCCGUCACAAUGAGCGUCUUCUCAUCCGACCUUCUCUACUCGGACCGGGUCAUCGACCAGGCGAUCGAGACAAGACAGGUCUUGUCCGUAGCGCUCAUCCAGCAAUGGGUUGGCGUCAACAUUAUCCAGCGCACGCUCUCCGACACUUGGCUCGUCACGGGUCUCGCCCUCUACCUCCAUGGCUUGUUCAUGCGGCACCUCCUUGGCAACAACGAGUAUCGGUUCAGGUUGAAAAAGGACAUUGACCGCUGUGUGCACAUGGACCAGGGUGACCAACUGCCUCUGUGCCAGCCCGGUGUCAUUGACCCACCAUCGGCCAGUGCCAUGGCGUUCAUCAGCAUCAAGGCGCCGCUUGUUCUCCACAUUCUCGACAGGCACAUUGUCAAGUCGGGAACCUCCCUUGGUCUCUCGCGUGUCAUCCCCCGCGUCUUCCUUGCGUCGCUGUCCGAUGACCUUUCCGGCAACAUGAUCUCGACAGGAUACUUUUUCCGUCUUUGUCGCAAGUUGUCGGGUAUGGACCUGCUGUCCUUUAUGGACCAGUGGAUCUACGGUAGUGGUUGCCCACACCUUACCAUCAGGACCAACUUUAUUCGCAAAAAGUUCCUGGUCGAGUUUAACGUGACGGAGCACCUCCCGGCCAUGCAAGCGACCGAGGGGUUGGAUGCGAAGAGCAAGGAGAAGUGGCUUGCGCACAAACGACCGACUGCCUUCUUCGACGGCAGUUUGACUGUGCGUAUCCACGAGGCAGAUGGGGCACCGUUCGAGCACCUUGUCGACAUUAAAACCGUCAACAAGACCUUCCCUCUUCCUUUCAACACAAAGUACAAGCGUACUCGUCGAUCGGGUCACGUCGCGGCGCGCUUCAGCAAACUGCAAGACGUCCUGGCCCAGGCCGAAGAUAACGACGACGCCGAGGUCGAGGAGUUGCGAGACAUGGAGCGCGGCGAAGUAUUCGCCUACCCGCCAUGGGACGAGGAGGAGGAGCGCCGCAAGUGGCGCGUCCACGACUGGAGUGAGGAAGAAGCCGGCGCGAUGCUGGGAGAAGGUGGUGGCUACGAGUGGAUCCGUGUGGACCCCGACUGCGAAUGGCUCGCCCACUUUGAUAUCCAGGAGAAGCCAUGGUACUGGAUCAGUCAGCUCCAGGGCGACCGAGAUGUUGUGGCUCAGCUUCAGGCUAUCCAGCGCAUGACCAUGUACCCAUCGCCCGUCAUUGCGAGUGAGCUCGCACGAACAGUGCUGGUGGAAAAUUACUACUACCGCGUGCGAAUGGAAGCAGCAAGGGCACUGGCAGCCUAUAACUCGUCCGAAGCAGACUACAUGGGUCUCUUCCUCUUGACCAAGCUGUUCCACGUCUUCUUCUGCCACCCGGCUGACGAGGAGGACCCAGUGAACGCCCAAGCGUAUCCGCUGCCGAACGACUUUUCCAACUUUGCCAACUACUUCCUGAAGAAGAGUAUGGUGACGGCCCUCUCAGAGAUGCGCGACCCAGCAACACGUAUGGUUUGGCGCAACGUUCGCAAGCUGCUGCUCAACGUACUUCGUUACAACGACAAUGGCUCCAACGACUUUUCCGACUCGCAGUACCUCGCCACUGUGAUUUCUGCAGUCGGAAGCGCGUUUGCGGCUGGCGUCAACUUGCCCGGUGUCAUGGUCAGCGAAGAGGACCGCGAGGUUGACCGCCAGCUCUACAAGGAGGCGUCGGACGCCAACGAGCGUGCCAUGACGGUUGACCGUCUUGUGCCCAGUUACCACAAUGUGGUCACUCAGGCCGGACUGCAAGCACAGCUCAAGUCGAUUCUGGUCGGCCAGCGCACCAACGACCCGAGGAGCUUCCUCAGCUACACUCGCGAAGGCAACUAUGAGCCUCUGCGAAUGUUGGCUUUUGACUGCCUGUUGCUGGCCAAGCCUCCUGGACGAAGCAUGGCUCUGGCACAGUACCUCUUCGAGGUUAUCCGCCACGACCACUCUUUGACUGUCCGCCGACAUGUGGCUCGUGCCCUUUCCGAGUCGAUCCUCGUCACCCUCGCCGUCGGCGAAGUAUACAUGUCUGUCGCCCCGGGAGUCGUCGAGGUCAACACGGACUCGAACGAGCAGCGCGAAAAGGAGCGUGAGCAGGAGCAGGCCAAGAUUGUCAAGGCGCUGCGCAAGGAGUUCAACACCAAGCCCGAGAUGCGGCAGAUUGUUCAAGAGGCUCUCAUGGACGCGUUCAUCAGCAACGACAACGAGAUCCUGUUUGCCCUCAUUAAGGCUGCCGAGGUGAUGAGCAGUGGUACUCCAGAGCCCAAGCCUGGUGCCCUCAUCACUCUGUCGACGCCAGUGGCUGAGACUCCGACAAGCGCGGCACCAAAGAUCCGACUCAGCCUGGCUCCUCCCAGCGCCGAGCCCAAGGCGGCCGAGGCUGCAGACUAUGGCUUCCCUCGUGUGGCUGUUUCGUCACCAGACGUGAUGCCUCCCAGUACCCCCAUCAAGCUUGUGCUCAACCCCGCCGCGCCGCCCAAGGAGAAGAAGAAGAAGAACCUUCCCAAGGCCCAGAAGCGUGGUCUGUCGGACCAAGACUUCAAGACCAUCACCAUUAUCCUGCAGAAACUGGCCACCGACAAGCGCAGUGUCUUCUUCCGCCAGCCCGUCGACCCUAUUCGCGACCAGGCGCCAGACUACUUUGUCAUCGUUUCUCAGCCUAUGGACUUGUCGACUGUUCGCGCCAAGUUUGACAGCGGCAUGUACACCACACGCAAGGACUUUGAGGAGGACAUUCGCCUGCUGGUCCGCAACUGCUUCCUCUACAACCCUGUCGGCUCUCCGGUCCGCAAGGCAGGCGAGAUCUUUGAAAAGUACUUCAACUCUGUUUGGGCAAAGACCGAAAACACGCUGAAAUCGUCAAUGGCUCCGGCACCGUCGGUUUCCAAGCAAUCCGUCCCUGCUCGUUCUGGCGCUGCGGUGCCAUUGGCAGCGUCUGGCUCUGGUUCUGGAUCUGGCUCCGGAUCUGGCUCUGGUCUCAUGCCACCACCUCCCAUUCCGCCUACUGGUGCCGCGCCCAUGCGCAUCAAGCUCAAGCCGUCCAAGUCUGUCACGAUCGAGGUUCCUGGGUCUUCUUCUGCAACCUCACCGAUGGCACCACCUCCUGUUCCUCCGCAAAAGAAGGAGAAGAAGGCUCCAAAGGAGAAGGAGAAGGGCAAGGACAAGGACAAGGACGAGGACAAGGAUGCCUCGCCUGUCAAGGAAAAGCCUGCCAAAAAGAAGCGCGAGGCGAAAGAGUCGAGUUUGCUGGACGAUCUCCUCGGUGCCGAGGUCGACGCCAUGGACAGUGGGCGCGCCCCAGACCCGUUCGAAGACUUGCUUGGACCGACGCCGCCCAUCAAAAAGGUCAAGCUUAACCCCAAGUCGUCUACGUCGAGUAAUUCCUCGUCUGCCACACCACCACCGGAGCGCUUUGAGCCCAAGGGAGUGGCGGUCAAAAAGGUCAAGACCAAGGCGUCGAGCGAUAAGGUGUCGUUGAGCUUCAAGCCACCUGCAGAAUCGGCGUCGUCACCCUCAGCGUCGACUACCAAGGUCAAGGCCUCAGGCGAGCCUUCAAUGAAGCUCAAGCUGUCGGCAUCGAGCGACUCGUUGAAGUCGAAGCCUGAGAAACCUGAGAAGGCGGAGAAACCUCCGAAGAUCGACAAGGCCCCGAAGAUCGACAAGGCUCCGAAGGCAGACAAGUCGUCGAAGGCUGACAAGGGCGACCGUGCUGAGAGGUCGGACAAGUCUGAAAAGGCGCGCUCGAGCGAGUCGUCGUCAAAGAGUAGCAAGUCUGGUGAGUAUCCCUACAAGAGCAAGUCAAGCGAGGUCUCCUCUAAGUCGCGACCAGACGACUACUCCAAGUAUGGAGAGUCAUCAUCGUCCAAGGGCAAGUCUAGCGACAAGCCGCGGUCCAGCGACGCGUCCAAGCCCCCGAGCAUCACGUUUUCGACAAAACCAAAGGCAAGCGACAGCUCGAGACCCCCCAAGUCGAGCGACUCAUCCAGGCCACCCAAGUCGAGCGACAAACCAAAGUCCACCGACUCGUCCAGGGGCAAGAGUUCGUCCGACUCGUUCAAGCCUCGUGUCACCAGCGAGCCCAAGCGCUCAGACUCGCCGACCAAGAGGUCUGCUUCACCUACCAAGCUUUCCACCAUGUCGUCGUCGUCGGGUGCCGGUCCGUCGACGUCGUUUGCGUAUGUACCACCAGCGGUCCCAGCUGCGUCGACCUCUGCGGCUCCAGCCCCCGCCGCUGCUCCCCUCGCCUAUGGUGCCGUGGUGUGGCCCAAGCCGCCCUCCGACUUGCCGCAGACAGCGUCCAACAAUAUGCCGUUCCGCUCCAAGAGGGCCAAGACCAUGAUCCAGUCGCUCAUCAAGGACGUCAACGCCAUCUACUUUUUGCGGCCUGUCGACCCUAUCCGCGACGGGUGUCCCACAUACUAUGAUGAGAUUCGACACCCCUCGGAUUACCAAACGGUCACGCGCAAGGUUGACUCGAAGAAGUACCGCACCAUGGGCGAGCUUGCCCGAGACAUUGAGCUCAUCUUUGCCAAUUGCCGACAGUUUAACCCGCCUGGUGCCAUUACGGACAUGGCAGGAGCCAACGAGGCGCUGUUCUGGAAGGAAUGGGCCAAGGCAGCGUCGUCCAGGCUCAAUGCCGAGGAAAAGAAGGCCUUGCUUGCCCUGGUCAACCGCGCACUCAAGGACCCCGUCAGCUUUAUUUUCCGCGAGCCUGUCGACCCCAUUGCAUUGCAGAUCCCACAGUACUUUGAGAUUAUUCCGCCAGAGGACGCGCGCGACCUGUCGCUGGUCAAGAACAAGCUGGACCGUGGGGGUUACUCGACGGCGCGACAGGUGGACGAGGAUGUCGAGCUCAUGCUGGAGAAUGCGCGCAUUUUCAACGGCGAGGGUCCUAUCAUGGACAUUGCCAACACGUUUGGGCAGUGGUGGAAGCAACAGAGGAGCAAGUUGGACGUGUAA